AUGCUUUCCAAAAAGAGCAGGUCUGGACCACACUUAUUGUUCGCUGUAUUACAAAGACCCAACCUUAAGAUGGGAGAGAUUCGACCCAUCUCAUCCAACAUGAGUGACAGUGGCAAGGAAAACUUCCUUUUAACAGGCAGAAACCUUGGGAAGCACCAGACUCAUGUUAGACAGCCACCAAGCCACUGCUGGGUUGGGGAGGAAUACAGAGAGAUAGGGGUAGAGAGAGAGAGAGAGAGAGAGAGGAGUGGAGAGAGGGCAGGGGGAGAGAAAGAGAACAAGGGAGAAGGAAGGAGAGAGAGAACGAGUAAGGGAGAGGGAGAGAGAGAGAUAAGAGGACGAGGGUGA